AUGAUAGGUCAAAGUUCAACACUCCAUCUAUGGUUACUUUCCACAUUUUUAGAUCACUUGUCGAAAUGCAUGCUAUAUUCUCCUGCUGUGAUAACUCGGGUGAAGCAAGUGAAUUGGCUUUGCCCAAAGUGCAUUCGAUGUUCCAAAUGCAAGUUGAUGAUUGAUGAUCCAACAAACGUUGAAUGUGGGCACUGUUUGCAUGCGUGGCACGGCUCUUGCAAGCCAUCAGCAGGCAUUUUUUCAAACCGUAAAUGGUUUUGCAAUAUGUGUUCGAAAAAAGUGAAUCUUGAGGAAACCAUAAAUGGUGUACCAUUGUUUUUCGUUUGUUCAUAUUGCCUUAAACCAUUCAGUGAUCAGUGUUCCUUCUUAGUUCAUCAGGAUUGUUGCCCUCGAGUGACUCCUCCGGGCGUUGAGAUAUAUCGUGAUUCGUCUAAGACACUUUCGUUUUUCGAAGUAGACGGUGCUGAAGAGCUUACAUAUUGUCGUAAUUUAUGUCUAUUUGCUAUGCUAUUUAUAUCGUCGAAGACAUUGCAUAUUGAAGUUGGGACAUUUCUUUUCUAUGUUCUCACGAAAAACGAUGAUGAUGGUUGUCGUAUUGUUGGCUACUUUUCAAAGGAGAAGAAUCCAAGCAGAAAUAACAACCUGUCUUGUUUGUUAACCAUUCCAAGUGAACAGCGCAAUGGCUAUGGUCAUCUACUAAUUGAUAUGAGUUAUAAACUAUCAGAGAUUGAGAGGAAAAUAGGAUCUCCAGAACACCCGCUGUCGGAUUUGGGUUUAUACACCUAUAGAAAAUAUUGGAAAUCAAGCAUCUUGUGUUACCUCAGGUAUGUUGCGAAAAUGUAUUCUUCAAGUGUGUCGAUAAAAAAUAUGAGUCUUCAUACACGCAUUCAUCCGACGGAUAUCGUCAAUGAACUUAUGCGUUGUAAUCUACUGCUGCUGAAGGAUGGGAAUUACUUUAUAAAAACUUGGAAGUUGGCUUACAAAUUGCCGUUGUCCAUGUUAAGAAGACGUGUGGUCGACUCAUCUCGAAUUAGAUGGAUUCCUAAGUUUGACGUUACAAAGCUUGACGCGUUUAAAUUAAACCACUACGCAUAG